GCGCCCCUUUCCGCAGCGCUGGGGCGGGAGGCCCGGAGGAAGGCCCCUCCCCUUCCUGCGCGACCCCCGCCCUUCCGCGCAGCCGCCUCUUCCCCCGAGAGAGGGAGAGAGAGGGAAAUGGAGGCGUCGGUGGUGGUGGCGGGGCCCCCGGGGGCGGGCAAGACGGCGCUGCUGGACGCGCUGCUGGGGGCCGAGGCGGCGGAGGAGAAGCGAGGGGCGGGGCCUGCCGGCGGGCUGAGGCGCCCCUCCCUGCGCGCGCACCCCCGCCGCCCCGACUGGCUCUUCUGGGAGCUCUCCCUCCCGGAGGAGGAGGAGGAGGAGGAGGAGGGGGGCGAGGGCGAGGGGCCGGGGGCGGCGGCGGCGCGGUGGGUGGAAGGCGCGGGCGCGGCGGCGUUGGUGCUGCUCUGCGGGCGGAGGGGCCACUUCGGGGCGCGGGCGCGCGGCCUGGCCCGGGAGGCGCGCGCAGCCGGCCGGAGCGUCUUCUUCGUCCGCAGCCGCGCCGACCUGGAGCUGCACACCCUCCGCCGCCUCCUCCCGCCGCCCCGCCCCUUCGACCGCCCCCAGGCCCUGCGCGCCCUCCGGGAGGUGGCCCAAGAGGAGGCGGGCGCCGACGCGGAGCCGGGAGGGGUCUUCCUGGUCUCGGCCCUGCAGCCCCGCGACCUCGACCUGCCCCGCCUCCGGGCCUCCCUCCAGGCCCUGCUGCGCGCGCAAGAGAGGGUCCAGGGCCCCCCUGACCUGGGCUUCGAGGUGAUCAGCGACCGGGAGGCGGCCGAGAUCCAGGAGGCUUAUGCCUUGGGGGGCCUGGCGGCAGUGGCGGACCGCGUGGAGGGCAGCCUGGAGGCCCUCUGGAGUGCCCGGGUGGACCUCGCCCUCGUUGCCGAGGAGGGGGAGAGGGAGGGGGCCGCCCUGUUGGAGGACCUGUGGGGGGUGGAGGGGGAGCCCCCCGCAGAGCCCCCCACUCCGCACCCGUUUCCAGGCCACCCCAGCGUGACCCUCUGGGAGCUCCCAUUGCAUGACCCGGGUGACGUGGACGUGGCCCGCUUUGACGCCUUCCUUCUCCUGUCCUCGGGGCCCUUCGGGGAGGGGCUCCUCCGCCUGGCGGAUGAGGUGGCCGCCCGAGGCAAGCCUUGCUUCUUCAUCUGCACGGAGGUGGACCGCGACCCAGAGACCUUGCAAAAGAAGAAGGCAGAGGAGGGCGAGGAGGAGGAGGAGGAGGAGGAGCGUGCUCUCUGGGAGGGGCUCCGGGCCGAGUGCCGCUCCCGCCUGUCCCACGCGGGGGUCGCUGCGGCCAAGGAGGCGCCCCUCUUCCUGCUCAGCAGCCGCCAGCCCCGCCACUGGGACCUCCCGGCCCUGGAGGAGGCGCUGGAGCGGGGGCUCCCGGGGCACAAAGGCCAGGCCCUGCUCCUGGCGCUGCCCUGCGCCUCCCCGGCCCUGGUCGAGAGCAAGCGGCAGGCCUUGCACCGGGAGGCUUGGAAGGCGGCCCUGCUCUCCAGCCUGGUGGCCACUGUCCCUCUGCCGGGCCUGGCCGCCGCCUGCGACGUCCCGCUCCUGCUGCGGACGCUGGCCUCCUACCGACGGAGCCUUGGCCUGGACGCAGCCUCCCUGGCCCGCCUCUCCAGCCAUUCGGGGGUCCCGCUGGCCCUGCUGCGGAGGGAGGUGAGGCCAUCUUCUGCUACAACUGCACCAGCCCCACCGGCUACAACUGCAGCACCACCCAGCAGACCUGCCCUUCCUCAGUCAACAGCUGUAUCACCAUUGCCCGCAUGGAGAACUCAGGGGACCAGGACUUUGAAAACCCGACCUAUGAGAAGAAGUGCAAUUCGGAUGACCGCCUCUGCAACCAGUUCUAUGCGCUGCAAGCCGGCAAUUUCCACAUGCGCUGGAACUCCAGCUGCUGCCGCUUUGACCGCUGCAACACCCAGGAAGUCAUCGUGCAGAGAGCGUCCCAGAGGCCCAAUGGCGUCCGCUGCAACUCCUGUUUUUCUCGGGGCACAAACAUCUGCCCAAACCAGACGCGCGUCGCCUGCACCGGGCUCCUGACACACUGCAUCCACUUCUCCACUUCUGCAAACAAAGAAGAGUUCAAGGAUGAGCAGGUCGCCUUCAUGGGAUGCGCCACCAAGAACUUCUGCGACAUGGGAGCUGUGGCCCUCUUCGCCUCCAGCCGGAACGUGGCAGUCAAGGCCAACCUGUGCAGCCGAGUGCCGGGCCCCG